ACAGCGUCCGCACCACGGCCUGAGGUGCCGGCGCGGCCCGGUCCGGCUCUGACGGGAGAGGCCGAGAGGAAAGGCCGGGAGCGCGGGGCCGAGGGUUGCGGGGCUGUGGGAGGAGCCGGGGCACACCGGGGGAGAGAACCGGGGCACACCGGGGGAGAGAACCGGGGCACACCGGGGACGGGAGCCGCGACCCCCCCGCGCCCGCUCACCCCGCCCAGGCCGGGGCGGCGCGCGCGCAGAGAGAGAGGCGGCCGUGCGCGUGCGCGGCGGGCAGGGAGCGUGUCUUCCCCUAGCGGCGGCUCUGGCCCCCUCAGACGUUCGUCCGCGGGUUCGAGUCCCGGCGCUGCCCGGUGGCACCGGGCACUGUGGGUGCCGCUGCAGAGCGUCCAGGAGAAGCGACCAUGUCCAUCGCCGCCUCCAACACCAGCAUGAGGGUGCCUGCCGGCUUCCGGAACCUGCUGGAGGGGCUGGCGCGGGAAGUGCUGCGGGAGCAGCCCACCAACGUGGUGGCCUUUGCAGCGCAGUACUUCCAAAAGCUGCUGCAGCAGAGAGAGGAAAGAGGCCAAGGACAUGGAGGGGGAGCAGACAGCACCAGGGGAGGCAGGCAGCGUGCACAGCUCUGGAUGACUGUGAUUCCACCCCAAAAUGAGUGGAGAGGAGCCAAAGAGGAGCAUGUCCCCAUAACCUUCAUGAACUGGAACACCUCUCCGGAGAUGCAACCUCAGCACUUGCCCCAGAUCCCCCAUUUCCCACUGUCCAACCCCAAAACUAAAAAAAGCCCCUUGGUCCUCCCCUGGCUCCUGCCCUUUUCCCGUGGGUGGGUGCUCCACUCCCAUCCUGCCCCUGUGGUACUGUUUUAAUGAGGAAUUUUAUUAACGAG